CAUCUGUGUUUUCUAAACCAUCAAAUUUACCUUAAAAAUGUCGGGUCGAGGAAAAGGAGGAAAGGGUUUAGGAAAGGGAGGUGCUAAGCGUCAUAGGAAGGUUCUACGUGAUAACAUUCAAGGUAUAACUAAACCUGCAAUUCGUCGUCUUGCUCGUAGAGGAGGAGUGAAGAGAAUCAGUGGUUUGAUCUAUGAAGAAACUCGUGGUGUUUUGAAGAUCUUUCUUGAGAAUGUGAUUCGUGAUGCUGUUACUUAUACUGAACAUGCUAGGAGGAAGACUGUAACUGCUAUGGAUGUUGUUUAUGCUCUUAAGAGACAAGGAAGAACUUUGUAUGGAUUUGGUGGUUGAUUUGUUUUGUUUUGUUUUAGGGUUUGUGAGAUCUUGUUUUCUGGUGUUUUGUAUAUCUUUGAUGGGUUAGGGUUUAAUUGGUUUGAUGUAGCUGUAAUCUUUUCGUUUUUUUAAUGAAAUUGGGUUGUUUUGAGAA